AUGGUCAUUAACGUGAUCGUCAUCUCAGGCCCUUCCGGAAGCGGCAAGAGCACACUUUUGAAGAAACUGUUUGACGAACACCCCGGCACAUUCGCUUUCUCAGUUUCUCAUACGACCAGGUCACCUCGGCCAGGAGAGAAAGACGGUGUAGACUAUUAUUUUGUCUCACGAGAAGACAUGGAGGCUGCUAUAAGACGAGGAGAGUUUCUGGAAUAUGCAGAGUUUGGCGGAAAUCUCUACGGCACAAGUCUGAUGGCGAUCAAAAACGUUCAGAAGACUAACAAGAUAUGCAUUCUUGAUUUGGAACUUAAAGGAGUGAAAUCUGUUAUGAAGACGAACCUUCAGGCUCGGUUUGUGCUGAUCAAGCCGCCCAGCUUAGACGUUCUGGAACAACGUCUGCGCGAUCGUGGCACUGAGACGACCCAGUCGCUUUCGAGACGACUUGAGCGUGCUGCCCGGGACAUCGAAGAAGCUUCCGUACAGCAGCUGUUCGACUGCAUCAUCGUGAACGAUGACCUACAAGUAGCCUAUGCACAACUGACUGAAUUUCUGAAACAGGUAUUUGCUGUAGAUUGUAAAUUCACGCCGUGGUUAAAUUUGUACCCGUAUCUUUACAGUCUUGAAAACCACUUAAAUACUUGCUCGUACCUUCCAUAUUUCAACAUAUUGUGCAUCUGUUUGCUGCCAGAAGAUUUUCGGAACCAUUUGACAAGCGACAGUCUCUGA